UCAUCAUCAUCGUCAUCAUCGUCGUCGUCGUCGUCAUCGUCGUCGUCAUCGUCGUCGUCAUCAUCAUCGUCGUCAUCAUCGUCGUCGUCAUCAUCAUCGUCGUCAUCAUCAUCAUCAUCAUCGUGCACCCGAUGCGACCAGCGCUCAUGCUCUUUGUAAGAGGUAUAGCAGCAUGCCUAGUAGGCUUAUGUAGAAUACUACCGUUGUUCUGCCGCACCUACAUACUGCUUCAGGCUUACUGUAUCAAGAAAGACCACAAUAUUUAGUGGACGAUAAGGGUCAACAUCACAGCCUAUAGCAUUGAGAAAAUCUUUACUUUUGUAAAUAAUGAAAAGGAAGAGCUUUGUGAAUUUUUUGUAUGGAAAAGUCGCUAAAAUGACGUUAUACCGUACUCCCAUCAUUUUGAUUAGAAUUAAGCAGGAUCGAAGGGGAUCGAGCAGCCAAUGAUAGGGCGUCAUUCCGUGUCGAUUUGAUUUCCUUUUCCAAAAACUUGACUAGAAAAGGUCUAAUCAAGGAUAGAACGUCAGAAAAUACGAUUUUUAAUUCUUUUUAAAAAAUUCAGCAGACGUUUUACAAAAGCAGACGCAAAAGGAAACAUCGGCCAACACGAAAUUGCCCGAAGUGCUUAUGACGUGGUUCAACGAAGGGUCUACAUCGUCAGCAAUAGCACUGGGAGAAAAACUUAGAUUUAUAUAUAUAAAAGUCCAGAAAGCUUUACAGAUUUGUUAAAUAUGUGAAAGUCUGUGUUGUUAUCAUUUUGAUGAGGAGUAGGGGUGGGGGGACGUCAGUCAGUGUCACUUGUUUUCCUUUUCCAAAAAGUUCGAAAACCCCGUCCAGAAUGCGAUUUAAGAAGUAAAGAGACGUGCCACAAAAAACAGAAGGAAAAGGGGGCAAACGAUAUAUUUUAUGCACUAUAAUAAUAUUUUUUCCUAAGUCUUUUAAAUUUGGAUUUAUUCCGGUACAAAGUUAGCAAGUAUUUUUAGAAGGGAGGGGGAGGAGUCAUUUCGUUGUUCUCCUUUUAAAACAAAAGAAAAAAAAAACAAAACAAAAACUGGUUAUUUGGAAAAGUAAAAUCAAUCAAUAAAAUGAUACAAAUAGAGAAAACAUUUAUGAUAACAUAAAGAAGAAUUAACGUCAAAGAUAAUGAACACGAGAAUCCCAAUAAUGCGUGUCUCCCUUUUAUGAGCUUUCCAUAAGUCUCGGUGCUUCCACGUGCGCAUAUUGAGUAAUAUUAUUAAGUCAUUUAAGCAGUUACGUGAUUACUUUGCAGACGUGUGCAAAUAAUCAACUAUGCCCCGGCCAAGAAAGUGGUAUCCAUUUGGAUAUACGGUCUCCGUGGAUAAACGCGGGCGGGUUCGUAAACGUAAGCUGCAACUUUCAGCGGAGGAUAUGAGGACUUUCAUGCGGCUAAACAGAACUCCUGACCAGGGGCAAAAUGGACUAACCCUAACCCAGCAACAGGAGGAACGUGACACCUUCCAGGAUAUUCCUCUAGAUAGCAAUUCAUCAGGUGCAAGUGGAGUCAGCAAUCACAAGAAGAAAAAAGUGACUGAGGCUGAGGGCUGGAAAGAUCUGCGAGCAGGUCUUGUUCGUGUCCACAUUGAAGGAUUCAGUCCUGCCACAAAAAAAUGCAGCUUCUGUGGCUGUGCACAGGUCCCAGAGAUUAUCUGGUGUCCUGAUUGUGGACCUAGAAGCCUUUAUUGCAAGGCUUGUGAUGAGAAGAUCCAUUCUUUGGUGCUAUAUCAUCAGACAUACAGUUGGAAAGAAGAUGCAUCAUUGUUUGCACCUGUGUUAAGAGAAACAACCAUUUUGUCUGAGCACCAGUGUGACAAGCUCUACUACCGUCAAAUUACAGUUUUUGAUGCACAAGGCAGAGCUCACCAAAUCAAAGUGCAGUUUUGUGAAUGUGAGCCAGAAGCUGUAACGUUAGUUAGAAAUGGGUUAUGGCCAUCAACUCCGAAGAAGCCAGAGACAGCAUUCUGCAUGAAACUAAUGGAGCUAUGCAGAAUGCUACAACUAGAAGGGCAAAUGUCUCUGCAGAAAUUUUGCAAUGCAUUAGAGCGGAGGACAACAUUUCUGCACAGUCACAGCAGGGACUACAGAAACCUGUAUAAGGCACUGGGUAACACAAUUAUAGAAUUUCACCAUCAUCAGGUGUUGUGUCUUGAAACAGCUCAUGCCCACGAAUUACUGGGCAAGAAGUGCCCAAUAUGUAGCCUGAAGCCAGAGAGACGUGUUAUCUCGAUGGAUGCUAAUUUUGGGCUUGUGCACAAGAUGAAUUCUGGAUUUGGACCUGGACUUGAACAUGCUAGAUUUAGUGUGUUUUGUCCAGAUGAUGAUGUCAGAAACUUUGUCAACACUCAUCAUGAGGCAACAUCGAAAUCAAGUAGCAAAUCUUCGGAAUGUUCAAAUUUUCAAGCAGGUGAUCUUGUCAGGUCAAAAAACAAAAAUGCAAAACUGGACAUCAGAGGAGUGUUUGGUGCUGUGUGUCAACAUGGUUUCCCUCUGCAUUUUGUGAAUAUGCAGCAUGGAGAGAGAUUUGGGUAUCCUGUAUAUAUUUUACAACGAAUUGCUGCAGAGCAGCUUUUCACAGCUAGUACAAAACAAAUUGUGAUGUACGAUGUUGCCUGCUCACUGCAGACUCAUAUAACAAAGCAUUCUCAACUAUUUGGACAGCUGUCUGAAAAAUUUAGAUUUGUUGUUCCUGUGUUUCACAGCUUUGCACAUAUAACACAGUGUCAGAUGACAAAAGGACAGCGCUUUUGCGAGGGCACAGGAUUAAUAGAUGGUGAAGCUAUGGAACGCUUAUGGUCUUUCCUCCGCAGAUUUGCGUGGAGUAAAGAAAUGACUUUGCCCAACAGGCAAGAUCUACUAAGCAGUGCUCUGCUACACUAUGCCAGGAGGAUUUUUGUGUCAUUAGCUGACACACUGUCUGUAAGACUCAAAAAGGCAAGGGACACGCAGGCAAAAGCCAAAGAGAUUAUCCAUGAGGUUGAAAGCAAGUAUAGAGGAACUGCUGCAGAAUGGCUGCACAAGCUGAAGGAUACUAUAUCAACAACCAGUGGUCAUAGAGAAAGCUCUACCUCUGAUUCUCUGCUUGAGAAAGCGAGGAAGCUGUCAGCUGAGCGGCAGCAACUGCUGGGACUAAAGAGACGCUAUGCUGAUGGACAAAAAAUUGCCCAGAAAAUUGCGAAGAAGCUGCGGACAACAAACACACAGCUGCAGUCUGUCAUUGGGUCUUUAAAAAAUGUAUUUCCAAACAUUUCACCAGCUGAAUUUAGAGACCCAGAGUCAGCUCUGUACACUCAUAUAGCACCAGAACUGAACUCAGAGCAAGUGAGGGCAGCCAAUUGUGCAGCAGACUACGAUCGUGGGCAAGAAGAGGAACAGCGAAUAAUAUAUGAUAUUUGCCUUUUACAGCAGUGGCUGAUGGAGCAAAAUGUAUCAUUAUGUCAGCCAUCAGACUUAGUCAGUCGAUAUGACUGUGCCCUAAACCAUGUUAAGUCUGUAAGUAAACAUAAAGUGGAAUGCCAGCUAAGGGAUCUGCAUGCCAAAUGUAAGGAACAGCCAGGAUUUUCGCAAGUCAUCAUUGACUACUCAGUCUCCAACCUACUGUCAUCUUCCGCCUCCACUUGCCAGCCAAAUUCUGAUGACAACGAGGAAUUGAUAGAUGUAAUUAGUGAACUUAACUCAGAUAUUGAAUCAGAAUCUGAUGAAGACGAGGAGGAGGAGGAAGAGGAGGAGGAGGAAGAACAUUUUUUUCCAUAAGUCUUUGACCUUUUACUUUCUAUAGUCAGUCUACUGAGUUGGACAAUUGAUAUGUUUAUUGAUAACAUAAAGGUAUUUAAGGGAUGAUAGCGUUUUUAUUUUGCUUCAAAGCAUUGCUACAAUCAACAUCAAUGAAGUCUUCAUGAAUUCAUUGCUACAUUUUUGAACCAACAACAGUGUAAUCUAAUUCUUUUUUUUUUAUUUUUUUUUUAUUUUUUAAUAGCAAUGUAUUUCAUCCCAUUUCUGGAUGAACUUUUUGCCAUGUGUGGAGUAGCAGAGCAACGUGUGCUUACUACAAAUACCUUGUCAUCAAAUAAGUGUUAGCAAAUGACAUUUAACCUGUGUUAUUUUCAACUGUGCAGCCUUCUUUCUCAUGAUAUUUCUAGAUAGAGCAAACAGAAAUGCUGCAAAUAACUUGUAGAUGAAAAUUUUUGGUCUUGAUGUGGAACACACUUUAGUUUUAAACAUGUGCUUUUCAUCAUUUGCAUUAUCAAGAUAUAGUGCAGUGAACUUGUAAUUCUGGUGGUAAAAUAGAAUGCAAAUUAUACUGCACACAAACAUGAUUCAAAAUUGUUUAACUACUGCCUGGAAUGAUAGGAACAUUUUAAAUAUUUAAUAACAGUCUUCCUGCUUCUCACAACAGCAUUUUGUCAUUGAAUUAUUCAGUUAACUCAUUUCUUUUUCUAUGCUGAUGUUUGCAAAUUCCCACCAUACACCCAGCUUCCUCUGUGAUGUAGGUGUGCCUUAGAAAAUGAAAUCGCAUAUUUUUGUGCAUAUUUUGCUUGCUGUGGUGUACUUCUUGCCUUGUAACCAGAAUUUUUUACAUGUCUUGUUAUUUUCCCAUAAGUUUGCACACCUAUAUUGAUUGUAAGCUAGAUUUAUUUCUUCAGAUUGUUAUUGUCAUUAUUGACAAUUUUUCAUGGAGUUUUCAUGCAUUCUUACAUGCACCUUUUGAAUAACUGUCAAAUUAAUGAGAUAUAAUAAUGUCAAGUGGAUCUGUUUCAAAGCACAGCAAUCAAACCUGACCUUUUCGUGUUAAUGAAUGCCUGCAAAACCGCUAUCCCCCAUAAUUCUCUUUCAGUUUUAACCACUUGACAAGAAUCAACAAGUCUGGCCAAAAUUUACACAAAUAGUAAACACAUUAAUAAUAAACACAUUCUUACACAUGGUUCCCAGGUCCUUGCAAGGUCCUUUUAAGUCCUUUUAUAUUGAAUUUUCGCCGAAAGGCCUUUUAAGUCCUUU